UUGUUCAAAAUUACAUGAAAAAUGCUUAUCAUUGUAACCCCUACCCAUAUGUUAGGCUGCCACACACAGUAAAACAGGCUUUCAUUUAGGGCAAGCAGCAUUUAUCCGAUUUAAAAUUCUGCUGGCAGUCGAGUUUGCGAGGUGCCUCGUCUUUUUUAGUAAAGGAUUUUAUAGGACAUGUGACUAAAUUACCCGCUCACAUGGCCGCUGUGUUUGCAUGAUCCGCUUUAGUUUUUAAAGUCCAGUGCUCGAGCUCGCUCUGCAUCAACCAUCCGGAGCAGAAGACCACUAAAGAGCACGACCUAACCAGACAAAUCAUGGCGAGCAGUGAACAAAAAGUAGUUCUGAUCACGGGUUGCUCCUCCGGCAUCGGGUUACGAAUCGCCGUCCUGCUGGCCAAAGAUGAAAAGAAGCGUUACCAUGUCAUUGCCACCAUGCGGGACCUGAAGAAGAAGGAUAAGCUGGUGGAGGCAGCAGGUGAUGCGUAUGGGAAGACCCUCAUGCUGCUGCCUCUGGACGUGUGCAGUGAUGAGUCAGUCAAGCAGUGCAUCAACAGUGUCAAGGACCGCCAUAUUGAUAUCCUCAUCAACAAUGCAGGUGUGGGCUUGUUGGGACCUGUGGAAAGCAUCUGUAUGGAGGACAUGAAGAGGGUGUUUGAGACCAACUUCUUUGGCGUGGUGAGGAUGAUUAAAGAGUUCAUGCCUGACAUGAAGAAGAGGCGUGCGGGACACAUCGUGGUCAUGAGCAGUGUUAUGGGUCUACAGGGUGUGGUGUUCAACGAUGUCUACACUGCCUCCAAGUUCGCCAUGGAGGGCUUCUGUGAGAGUAUGGCUGUCCAACUGCUCAAGUUCAACGUCCAUUUAUCCAUGAUUGAGCCAGGGCCGGUGCACACUGAGUUUGAGACGAAGAUGAUGGAGGACGUGGCCAAGAUGGAGUACCCAGGAGCUGAUGCAGACACAGUGCGCUACUUUAAAGAUGUUUACCUGCCCUCCUCCAAGGAUAUCUUUGAGGCCAUGGGCCAGACCCCAGAGGACAUCGCCAAGUGUACUAAGAAGGUGAUUGAGUCAAGGAACCCUCGCUUCAGGAACCUGACCAACAGCCUGUACACGCCCAUCGUGGCCAUGAAGUACGCCGACGAGACAGGAGGCCUGUCAGUCAAUACCUUCUACAACCUGCUGUUCAACUUCGGCCCCCUCAUGCACAUCACCAUGACCAUCCUUAAGUGCCUGACCUGCAGCUGCCUGCGCCGACGCACCAUCUCACCAAACUGAGACUGGGUCUGACAUGGAACCCUAUUCCCUAUAUUGUGCACUACCAGGGUGAAAAGUAGUGUAUUAUAUAGGGAUAGGGUGCCAUUUUGGAUGCACCCUAUGAGAAAUAUACAGUGGUGUAGCUGAAUUAUUGACACCCAAACCUGGACCACCUGGGGGAAGGAUGGGGCAUGUAGUUCUCGGGGAGAGAACCAGGAUAAGCUUUGGCCAGGCAACACGCACAAUUGCACAAACACAGACAGUACAGUGUGACCUCAUACAUGGGGCUAAGAGUUUUUUCUGGUCAGAUCAUGUGAUCGGGAAAAACUCCUGGCCCUCUUCAUACAUACACAUGAUCACACACAAACAACUUACCCACAAACACAGCCAGGCAUCUCCUCCGUCCCGGUCUUUUGAGGUGCUGCUGGGCAAUGACACUGUCCUUCCAUCUGUCUAUCUGUCUAUCUGUCUGUGGAUGGAAAAACAAAGCACACAUAACUUAAGCAGUUACAAAGAAUAACAAACGAACAACAGCAUUACAAUCACAGUGAAAGCGUAACGUAGCACCCAAUGACCUUAAGACUCAGGCCUUGCUAAACUCUUAGUACAAUGCAGUAUUUAGCUCUGAGUUACGAAGAAUCUACUAGAUUCCUUCAUUGUACAUUUGAUUUGAUGUAUGUCUUCAUAAUUGUAUUGUUUUGCUGUUUAAUCAUAUUAUUUCUGCAUCUUUUUAUACGCUGAAUGUGUGGUUUUUAAAAGUUUAUGAAUGGAUAGAUUGUUAAUAUCUUAUUUUUGAAAGUAACUCAUUGAUUUAGAAAUAAACUUCUUGGUUUACUCUGAAAGAGACAGCCUUUUUCUUA